AUGCACAAGUUGCUUCCCUUUACUUCGUCAAAGAUGGUGAAUAUAGAUCUCACUUAUCCUUUCGACGAAAACACCGUUUACUGGCCAACUGAACAACUGGGGAAAUUUAAGUUUACAUCGAAACACGCUGAAGUUAAUACUUCGUUUGAAACUUACUAUGAAGCCAACAGAUUCAGUGCUGCAGAACAUGGAGGGACACAUUUAGAUGCACCAAGACAUUUCGUUCAUGGAAAACUUGGCGUCGCUGAUAUCUCGUUGGAAAAGCUUAUUGGAAGAUUAUUUUUGGUCGAUGUUUCUUCGGAGGUGGAUAAAAAUAAGGACUUUUUAAUCAUGCAAGAACACAUCGAACAAGCUGAAACUUCCUUGAAGAGAAAAGUUGAUGAUCAUAUUGUUCUUUUUUAUACAGGUUUUAGCAAACACUAUCCUGAUUUAAACAAAUACCUUGGUACAAAUACAACGAACACAUCAAUGUUGCGUUUCCCUGGACUUCAUCCAGAUGCAGCUACCUGGCUUACAGAAAGACGAAAGGUAAAAUCAGUCGGUAUUGAUACAGCCUCAAUCGAUUACGGCCAAAGCAGCAAAUUUUUAGCCCACAGAAUUCUUUUCUCGCACAACGUACCUGCAUUUGAGAACGUCAAUCUCAAAGAAAUUACAAAAUUAAAAAGCGUUAACAAAGUUAUGAUUUAUGCGUUACCAAUGAUGAUUAAAAAUGGCUCUGGCGCUCCAUUGAGAAUUGUCGCAUCAUAUGAUGACGAUACAACGCAGGUAUCACAAGGCGUUCGAUUAGGAGUGUCAAUCUGGGUGUUUUUGCUGUUGGUCUUCCUGCAACUGCAAUGUUAAUAAACAUUUCCUUUCUUUAUAACAUUUUUUACAAUGCUGAGGUAGAAUUAAAGGACAAAAACAAUAUGCGCUUUUAAGUAGCCACUAAACAAAGCGCAUAAAUCAUGAUGGGCGCACAAUUGCCUUUUGUUAAUGUAAAAUAAUUUUUUUAAAAAAAAUACAUUUUCUUUGAAUA